AUGGAAGACUUCCUGAGAGAAGCUGCUUGUAUGAAGGAGUUUGACCAUCAGAACGUCAUGAGACUGCUAGGUGAGACUGGACCGAACUACUGUGCGUGCGUUCAUGCAUAUGUGUGUGUGUGUGUGGCCCCUGGAGAGAGUGCGACCGUCCCUCUGUCUGUGUGUGUGGCCCCUGGAGAGAGUGCGACCGUCCCUCUGUCUGUCUGUGUGUGUGGCCCCUGGAGAGAGGGCUACUGUCCCUCUGUCUGUCUGUCUGUGUGUGGCCCCUGGAGAGAGGGUGACCGUCCCUCUGUCUGUCUGUCUGUCUGUGUGUGGCCCCUGGAGAGAGGGCGACCGUCCCUCUGUCUGUCUGUGUGUGUGGCCCCUGGAGAGAGGGCGACCGUCCCUCUGUCUGUCUGUGUGUGUGGCCCCUGGAGAGAGGGUGACCGUCCCUCUGUCUGUCUGUCUGUCUGUGUGUGGCCCCUGGAGAGAGGGCGACCGUCCCUCUGUCUGUCUGUGUGUGUGGCCCCUGGAGAGAGGGUGACUGUCCCUCUGUCUGUCUGUGUGUGUGGCCCCUGGAGAGAGGGUGACCGUCCCUCUGUCUGUCUGUCUGUCUGUGUGGCCCCUGGAGAGAGGGUGACCGUCCCUCUGUCUGUCUGUCUGUCUGUGUGGCCCCUGGAGAGAGGGUGACCGUCCCUCUGUCUGUCUGUGUGUCCCAGGUGUGUGUCUGCAGACAGUGGAGAAUGAAGGCUACCCCUCCCCUGUAGUCAUCCUACCAUAUAUGAAACAUGGAGACCUACACAGCUACCUGCUCUACUCACGGCUUGGAGACUGCCCCGUGGUCAGUACACACACACACACACACACACACACACACACACACACACACACACACACACACAGGGGAGGAAAUGUAUCUCUUACUGAAUGACCUCACUAUCAGCACUUCUGAAUGGAUGACAUGUUUAUUUGGAAGAGAAUCACUACACUAUGACUCUCUACAGACUAGUGUUGAGAAUCACUACACUAUGACUCUCUACAGACUAGUGUUGAGAAUCACUACACUAUGACUCUCUACAGACUAGUGUUGAGAAUCACUACACUAUGACUCUCUACAGAUUAGUGUUGAGAAUCACUACACUAUGACUCUCUACAGACUAGUGUUGAGAAUCACUACACUAUGACUCUCCACAGACUGGUGUUGAGAAUCACUACACUAUGACUCUCUACAGACUAGUGUUGAGAAUCACUACACUAUGACUCUCCACAGACUGGUGUUGAGAAUCACUACACUAUGACUCUCUACAGACUAGUGUUGAGAAUCACUACACUAUGACUCUCCACAGACUGGUGUUGAGAAUCACUACACUAUGACUCUCCACAGACUGGUGUUGAGAAUCACUACACUAUGACUCUCUACAGACUAGUGUUGAGAAUCACUACACUAUGACUCUCCACAGACUGGUGUUGAGAAUCACUACACUAUGACUCUCCACAGACUGGUGUUGAGAAUCACUACACUAUGACUCUCUACAGACUAGUGUUGAGAAUCACUACACUAUGACUCUCCACAGACUGGUGUUGAGAAUCACUACACUAUGACUCUCCACAGACUGGUGUUGAGAAUCACUACACUAUGACUCUCUACAGACUAGUGUUGAGAAUCACUACACUAUGACUCUCUACAGACUAGUGUUGAGAAUCACUACACUAUGACUCUCCACAGACUGGUGUUGAGAAUCACUACACUAUGACUCUCUACAGACUAGUGUUGAGAAUCACUACACUAUGACUCUCCACAGACUGGUGUUGAGAAUCACUACACUAUGACUCUCCACAGACUGGUGUUGAGAAUCACUACACUAUGACUCUCUACAGACUAGUGUUGAGAAUCACUACACUAUGACUCUCUACAGACUAGUGUUGAGAAUCACUACACUAUGACUCUCCACAGACUGGUGUUGAGAAUCACUACACUAUGACUCUCCACAGACUGGUGUUGAGAAUCACUACACUAUGACUCUCUACAGACUAGUGUUGAGAAACACUACACUAUGACUCUCUACAGACUAGUGUUGAGAAUCACUACACUAUGACUCUCCACAGACUGGUGUUGAGAAUCACUACACUAUGACUCUCUACAGACUAGUGUUGAGAAUCACUACACUAUGACUCUCCACAGACUAGUGUUGAGAAUCACUACACUAUGACUCUCUACAGACUAGUGUUGAGAAACACUGGGCCUUAUCCAAACAAGAGUUCCUAGAAAAUGUUGAAAUGUUGCAGGAUUUAGGAAAUGCUCCAAAAAUCCUCUAGUGUAGAAUUUGAUAUCCCAGCCUCCUUCUGGGACUGGGGUGGACUGUACCACUCUGUCUGCUAUGGGGGGAACAGACUAUACCACUCUGUCUGCUAUGGGGGGAACAGACUAUACCACUCUGUCUGCUAUGGGGGGAACAGACUAUACCACUCUGUCUGCUAUGGGGGGAACAGACUAUACCACUCUGUCUGCUAUGGGGGGAACAGACUCUACCACUCUGUCUGCUAUGGGGGGAACAGACUAUACCACUGUCUGCUAUGGGGGGAACAGACUACACCACUAGUAUAUCUCUAUGUCACAUGGUUCAGCCCUGGAAGCCUAAGAGUCUCUGUCAGACAGAGGAGGAUGUCGCCCUCUAGUGUACUGAAAACAAACAUGCAGGGUUUGAAAAUAAACAUUGGGAAACUAGAGAUAUUUGAUCUAUGAUGAUCUAGGUAUGAUCUCUAUGUGUGUUUCCAUGUCUGUUAUUGUGUUUGUGUGCCACUACUGAGGAAUGUCCUGUGUGUGUGUGUGUAUUGUAUGUUCUGUGUGUGUGUGUGUGUGUGUGUUGUGUGUGUGUGUGUGUGUAUUGUAUGUUCUGUGUGUGUGUGUGUGUGUGUGUAUUGUAUGUUCUGUGUGUGUGGUUAUGUGUAUGUUCUGUGUGUGUGUGUGUGUGUAUUGUAUAUUCUGUGUGAGUGUGUGUAUUGUAUGUUCUGUGUGUGUGUGUGUGUGUGUGUGUGUAUUGUAUGUUCUGUGUGUGUGUGUAUUGUAUGUUCUGUGUGUGUGUGUGUGUGUGUGUGUGUGUGUCUGUAUUGUAUGUUCUGUGUGUGUGUGUGUGUGUGUAUUGUAUGUUCUGUGUGUGUGUGUAUUGUAUGUUCUGUGUGUGUGUUGUGUGUGUGUGUGUAUUGUAUGUUCUGUGUGUGUGUGUGUGUGGUGUUGUGUGUAUUGUAUGUUCUGUGUGUGUGGUGUGUUGUGUGUGGUAUUGUCUGUUCUGUGUGUGUGUGUGUGUGUAUUGUAUGUUCUGUGUGUGGUGGUGGCUUGUGUGUGGUGUGUGUGUAUGGUUUCUGUUUGUGUGUGUAUUGUAUUUUUCUGUGUGUGUUGUGUGUGUUUGUAUGUUCUGUGUGUUGUGUUUGUAUGUUCUGUGUGUUGUUGUGUUGUCUAUUUUUAUAUUCUGUGUGUGUGUGUGUGUGUAGUUUAUGUUUCUGUGUGUUUUGUGUGUUGUUUGUGUUGUAUUGUAUGUUCUGUGUGUGUGUGUGUGUGUGGUGUGUGUGUGUGUAUUGUAUGUUCUGUGUGUGUGUGUGUAUUGUAUGUUCUGUUGUGUGUGUGUGUGUAUUUGUAUAUUCUGUGUGUUGGUUUGUGUGUGUAUUGUAUGUUCUGUGUGUGUGUGUGGUGUAUUGUAUAUUCUGUUGUGUGUGGUGUGUAUUGUAUGUUCUGUGUGAGUGUGUGUGUGUGUAUUGUAUAUUCUCUGUGUGUGUGUGUGUAUUGUAUGUUCUGUGUGAGUGUGUGUGUGUGUAUUGUAUUCUGUGUGUGUAUGUAUUGUAUGUUCUGUGUGUGGGGUUUUUUUUUGGGGGUGUUUGUAUUUUUUUUGGGGGGGGUUGUUGUUUUUUUUUUUUUUUUUUUUUUUUUUUUGGGGGGGGGGGGGGGGGGGGGGGUUGGGGGGGGGGGGGGGGGGGGGGGGGGGGGGGGUUUUUUUGGGGGGGGGGGUUUUUUUUUGGGGGGGGGGGUUUUAAAGGGGGGGGGAAAAUUUUUUGGGGGGGGGGGGGGGUUUUUUUUGGGUUGGGGGGGGGUUUUUUUUUUUGGGGGGGGGGGGGGGGGGGGGGGAAAAGGGGGGGGGGGGGGGGGGGGGGUUUUUUUUUUUGGGGGGGGGGGGUUUUGGGGGGGUUUUUUGGGGGGGGGGGGGGGGGGGGGGGGGGGGGGGGUUUUUUUUUAAAUUUGUGGGGGGUUUUUUUUUCCCCAAAAGGGGGGGGAAAAAACCCCCCCCCUUUUUUUUCGGGGGGUUUUUUUUUUGGGGAACCCCCGGGGGGUUGUUUUUUGGGGGGGUUUUUUCCCCUUUUUUUUUUUUUUGGGGGGGUUUUUUGGGGGUAAAAUUUGGGCCCCCCAUUUGGCCCCCCCCAAAAAAAUUUUUUCCCCCCCCGGGGGGGGGCCCCCCCCCCCCCCUCCCCGGGACAAACCCCCGGGGGGGGGGGGGGGAAAAAAGGAACGGGGAAAAAGGGGGGGGGGAAAGGGGGGGGGAGGGAAAGGAAAGGGGGGGGAAAAAAAAAAAAAAGGGGGGGGGGCCGGGGGGGAAAAAGGGGGGGGGGGGCCCCCCCCCCCCCCCCCCCCCCCCCCCCCCCCUUUUUUUUUUUUUUUUUUUUUUUUUUUUUUCCCCCCCCUUUUUUUUUUAAAUUAAAAAAAACCCCCCCCUUUUUUAAGGGGGGUUUUAAUUUUUUUUUUUUUUUAAAAAUUUGAAAAAAGGGGGGUUUUUUGGGAAAAAAAAAUUUUUCCCCCCCUUUUUCCUCCCGGGGGUUUUUCCCCAAAGGGGGGAAAAAUUGGUUUGCGGGGAAAAAUUUUAAAGGGGGGCCCCCGGGGAUUUUUUUUUUUUUUUGGGGGGGGCCGGGGGGGGAAAAAAAAAAAAGGGGGAAAAAAAAAAACCCCCAAAAAAAAAAACCCCCAAAAAAAAUUUUAAAAAAAAUUUUUUUCCCCCGGCCUUUCCCCCCCUUUCCCAAUGGUUCCCCCCCCCCAAAAGGCCCCCCCCCCGGGGGGGCCCCGGGGGGGCCCCCCCCCGGGCCCCCCCAAAAAAUUUGGGGAAAAAAAAAUUUUUUUUUUCCCUGUUUUUUUAAAAAAAAAAACCCCCUUUUUUUUUCCCUUUUUUCCCCGGGGAAUUUGGGGGGGGGAAAACCCAAAAAAAGAAGGGAAAAGAAUUUUUCCCCCCCCCCCGGGGGGCCCCCCCCCCCCCCCCCCCCCUUUUUUUUUUUUUUCCCCCUUCUUUUUUUUUCUCCUCCCCCCCCUUUCUCUCCCCCCCCCUUCUCUCUCUCUCUCUUUUUUUUUCUUUUGGCCCCCCUUCUCCCCCCCUUUUUUUGGGUUGCCAAACUUUUGGGGGGGGGGGGGGGAAAUGGUUUAAGGGUUUUCAAAAUUUUUUGGGGGGUUUUUUCCCCCAAAAGGGGGGGGCCCCUUCCCCCCCAAAAAGGGGGGGGAACCCCCUUAAAAAAAAAGGGGGGGAAAAACCCUUUUGGGGUUUUUUUUUUAAAUUUUUUUCCCCUUUUUUUUAAUAAAAAGGGGGGGGUUUUUGGGGGGGGGGGAAAAAGGCUUUUUGGAAAAUUUUUUUCCCUUAAUUUGGGGGUUUUGGGGGGUUUUAAAAAAAAUUUUUUUUUUUUUCCCCCCCUCCCUCCCCCCCCCCCCCCCCCUUUUUUUUCCCCCUCCCCUCCCCCCCCCUCCCCCCUUUUUUUUUCCCCCCCUUUUUUUUUUCCCCCCCCCCCUUUUUUUUCCCCCCCCUUUCCCGGGGGCCGGGGGCCCGGGGGGAAAAACCCCCCAAAAAAAAAAAAGGGGGGGAAAAAAAAUUUUUUUUCCGGAAAAAAAAAACCCCCCCAAAAAAAAAGGGGGGGGGUUUUGGGGGGGUUUUUUCCCCCAAAAAAUUUAAAAAGAGGGGGGUUUUUUUUUAAAAAAAAAACCCAAAAAAAAAAGGUUUUUUUUUCCCCCCCCAAAAAAAAAAAAGGGGGGGGGGGGUUUUUUUUUUGGAAAACCCUUUUUUUGGGGGAAAAAAGGGAAAAAAAAAAACCCCCCCCCAAAAAAUUUAAAUUUUUUUAACCCCCCCUUUUUCCCCCGGGGUUUUUAAAUUUUUGGGGGUUUGGGGGGGGGGGGAAAAAAAGGGGGGGGAAAAAAAAAAAAAAAUAGCGGGGAGUCUAACCACAAGAGCGAUGUGGUGAGUCUAAUGCCUGUAGUGGUGUGCAUGUGUGCAUACAAAUGUAGAUGUUCUCAGCACCAGUUCUUUCCCCUCCUAUAAAGCCUACCUUCGUUGGUGUGUUGUCUAUAAGAGGAAUUAGGCUUAGGCAAACAUGGCAGUGUGGUUGCAAGUGUUUAAAUGCUUUGAUUUGGUCACAGGCCUAGCUGCUGUUUGCCUAAUGUGGAUUUCAGUUUUUGGAAUGUGUGAGACUGAGACUAACCAAAGCACUCCCUCCUCUCUCUCUGACCGUCUCUCACUUCCUCCUCUCUCUCUCACUCCCUGCUCUCUCACUCCCUCCUCUUUCUCUCACUCCCUCCUCUCUCUCUGAACCUCUCUCACUCCCUCCUCUCUCUCCCUCCUCUCUCUCAGUGGUCAUUUGGUGUGACUAUGUGGGAGAUAGCGUCGCGCGGCCAGACUCCGUACCCAGGUGUGGAGAACAGUGAGAUAUAUGACUACCUGAGACAAGGAAACCGCCUCAAACAACCUCCAGAUUGUCUGGACAGCAUGUGAGUGGCUCAACACUAGUUUGUCUGUCUGGCUGUCAAUUUACAACAGAUCUGGGUCAAUAUACAGUAUAUAAAAUAAUCUCAAAUACUUGAGCUUGAUUUCCAUGUAGUUUGCCUGGUAUACUCUUUGAAAAAAAGGGUUCCAAAAGGGUUAUUUGUCUGUACCCAUAGGAGAACCCUUUUUGGUUCCGUCUGUGGAAAGGGUUUAACAUGGAACCCAAAAGGGUUCUAUCUGGAACCCAAAAGGGUUCUUCAAAGGGUUUCCCAACCCUGGUCCUCCAGUACUCCCAACAGUACGCAUUUUUGACAAGUUGAAUCAGGUGUGCUUGUCCAGGGUUACAAUGAAAAAUGUGUAGUGAUGGGGGUACUGAAGGACCAGGGUUGGUAACCACUGAUCUAGAUAGCACCUUAACUGUACAAUGUCCCAAUAGUGAAACUCUUACAUAUUGAGUUAUGUCCUUUCAGCUGAAGUAAUCAAACCUCUCCUUCUCUCCUUCUCUCCUCUCUCCUCUCUCCUCCUCUCCUCUCUCCUCUCCUUCUCUCCUUCUCUCCUCCUCCUCCUCCUCCUCCUCCUCCUCCUCCUCCUUCAGUUAUUCCCUGAUGUUCUCCUGCUGGUUCUUGAGUCCUAAGGACCGUCCUCUGUUUGAGACUCUCCGCGGGGAGCUGCAGAAGGCUCUCGAGGACCUGCCGGACUCCCAGGACCCAGAUGAGAUCCUCUACGUCAACAUGGAGGAGUCGAUGGAGCUGGGGGCCGUUGGGGGCCGCGACCCAGCCGGGGGCCUGAAGGGCCUGGACUCUGUGGCUACGGUGGAGGUGCACCACGCCCAUCCCAGCCGCUAUGUCCUCUGUCCCCAACACGACGCCAACCGGCUGCUCUCUGACUCCCUGGAGAGUCUCAACCUUGUGUCCUCCUCCUCCGCCACCCUGCCCCUGGGGACGACCCUACAACCCUCCGGCUGCUCCACCCCGACACCCACAGCAGAGGUACAGGAGGACAGAGAUGGGACAGGGGGAGGGCCCAGGAAGGUACCCUGGUAGUGAUGAAGGGCUCUACGCUCACCACCGUCACAGAGUCAACACAGACUGGUCAAUACCAUCAGAACUAUACCAUCCCUCCUGUUGGUAUUCACGGUCACAGUCUUGACAGACAGACUGGACAAGACCAUUUAAUCCCAAUCAAAUAAUUUAGCAAGCCUUGGUAUUGACCCAGAUGAAUAUAAAAGUGUUCCUACACACAUUUUGCACAAACACACUCCUACACAUUCCUACAAACACCCGUACACCCUCCUUUAGGCGUUCCACAUUGUGAUUGAAAGAGUGGGGUUGUCAAAAUGUAUAUAGCUACGUCCUCACAUCUCCUCCUUCUUAAGCACACAUCAUAUCAUAAUGAGUCUACAGGCUGUUGGCCCUGAAACCCCUUAGACAGACCAGACAGUAGAGACCAGUACCCCUCAGACAGACCAGACAGUAGAGACCAGUACCCCCUCAGACAGACCAGACAGUAAAGACCAGUACCCCCUCAGACAGACCAGACAGUAGAGACCAGUACCCCCUCAGACAGACCAGACAGUAGAGACCAGUACCCCUCAGACAGACCAGACAGUAGAGACCAGUACCCCCUCAGACAGACCAGACAGUAAAGACCAGUACCCCCUCAGACAGACCAGACAGUAAAGACCAGUACCCCCUCAGACAGACCAGACAGUAGAGACCAGUACCCCCUCAGACAGACCAGACAGUAAAGACCAGUACCCCUCAGACAGACCAGACAGUAAAGACCAGUACCCCCUCAGACACACCAGACAGUAGAGACCAGUACCCCCUCAGACAGACCAGACAGUAAAGACCAGUACCCCCUCAGACAGACCAGACAGUAAAGACCAGUACCCCCUCAGACAGACCAGACAGUAAAGACCAGUACCCCCUCAGACAGACCAGACAGUAAAGACCAGUACCCCCUCAGACAGACCAGACAGUAAAGACCAGUACCCCCUCAGACAGACCAGACAGUAGAGACCAGUACCCCCUCAGACAGACCAGACAGUAGAGACCAGUACCCCUCAGACAGACCAGACAGUAAAGACCAGUACCCCCUCAGACAGACCAGACAGUAAAGACCAGUACCCCCUCAGACAGACCAGACAGUAGAGACCAGUACCCCCUCAGACAGACCAGACAGUAAAGACCAGUACCCCCUCAGACAGACCAGACAGUAAAGACCAGUACCCCCUCAGACAGACUAGACAGUAGAGACCAGUACCCCUCAGACAGACCAGACAGUAGAGACCAGUACCCCUCAGACAGACCAGACAGUAAAGACCAGUACCCCUCAGACAGACCAGACAGUAAAGACCAGUACCCCCUCAGACAGACCAGACAGUAAAGACCAGUACCCCCUCAGACAGACCAGACAGUAAAGACCAGUACCCCUCAGACAGACCAGACAGUAAAGACCAGUACCCCCUCAGACAGACCAGACAGUAGAGACCAGUACCCCUCAGACAGACCAGACAGUAAAGACCAGUACCCCUCAGACAGACCAGACAGUAGAGACCAGUACCCCUCAGACAGACCAGACAGUAAAGACCAGUACCCCCUCAGACAGACCAGACAGUAG